CAGCUAUGGAUUUGCAAGCGACGCUCGAUAGCGCACUCGCUGAAGCACAAGAAGAAUGGGAGGAAGGGGACGAGGAGUAUGACGAGGAUGAAUACGAUGCUGAAGCCGAAGAAAUUGCUAAAAGGCUAGGUGACCAGCUUCGGGCCGACAUCGCAAGGGCACAAGCAGAAGCCAGUGCGGCUCAGGCUGCUGUAUCCACCAGCACUGUGCCUCGUGCUACAACGGCACCUCCGUCCCCGGCUUGCGCAGAAGCUCCCUCUGAAUCUCAGGACUUUGUGCUAGGUCCUUCUCCUCCGCCACAGGUCAAGAAACAGGAGGCUGCGUUGGUCACCGUACGAACAAUUCUUUCGUUCGCUUACAAGGACCCUGUGGUUCGCGCAUCACUCGCUGCCCAGGUUGUCUCGUUUUCAAGCGAAAACACGAGUGUCCUGGACGUCCUCACGCGCUGCGCCACCUCCGGCACCAUUGCGAAGGAGCUCGCCAGACCGCUCAGCGAUGCCGUGGUCGCGCUCGCAAAGUCCGAGGUGCUCUUCUCUUCAAUGCGAAAUUCAGAUGCUGCCGCCAUCCAGCUCGACAAGGGCAAACGGAAGCGCGAUCAGAUGGAAGAAGACACCGGGGACGAUCGUUUUGCCAAACGAGCAGCCAUUGAAUACCCCAAUAUCCUCGCGCAGAUCUCGCAGGCAGUACGGACGAUCUCUGCCGCUUUCUCGUCGCAUAUGCAGACAAACGGUCCGCCAGAACCUCAGCUCAUUGCACUAAUACAAUACCCUCUACACCAGGUCUACCUGUUUGCUGUUACGUCGGUGCCGCGAGCACGUCAGGAGCAAAUACACUUGCUCCAGGAGCUGGGGGCGUUGAUUCAGAUGCUUGGCGUUCUUAGCAAGGUGCCAAUUGGCCCCGCACCAACACCAUGGGGAGCUCCUGCUCCCGCGGCGCCUCCAGACAUCGGCACUGCCGUCUAUCCAUGUCUCGUACCCGGCUGCACGAAGACGUUCUAUCGCCUGUACUCCCUACGGACACACCAACGCCUGCACGCUCUCGUCGACCGCCCGUACCGCUGUCCGGUGUGCCCGGCAUCAUUCCAGCGGAACCACGACCUCAAGCGGCACACGAAGCUGCACGACAACACGGCGUGGAAAUGCUGCGGGUGCGGCAAGAUCUUCUCGCGGCGGGACGCGAUCAAGCGGCACAAGGACAGUCGCGGGCGCGGCGGCAAGGGACACGUCGACCUCGCAUGCGCAACGGCCGAGAUCGAAGAAGUCGAGGUCGACAAGGAGGAGGGCGAGGAGGACGCGACGCGCCGCGCCAAGCUCUGGAACGGCAUCGUCGCGAACCAGCUGGCCACCGCGGCGAGUGUCCUCCCGCCUGGCCACCUCGAGCUGCACAGCGAGCCCGGUCCGGGCGUCGAGGACGACAAGACCGAGGAGGGCGAGGUCCCGCCGCACAUCGUCGAGCACGCGCAGGUCGUGGCGCUGCAGCUGUACCCGGUCAUCAAGAGCCGCGUCGCUCCUGCCGUCCCCUCCUCUGCGUUCCCGCCCGCGCCGAGUGCUGGCCCACAUCCGACGCUCGCAAGUGUCAUGGCGAGGUCGCUCCCGCCGUACCAGCCGCCUGCACCGCCGCCUGCGUCGGACGCCCUGACGAGCGCGGCGAGCGAGCCUGCGCCUGCGGCGGAACAGCCGGACCCCGCCGCGUCGAUCUCGCUGCCCUGGCUGUCAGAAGAGCAGACGAAGCUGCUGGAGGAGGCGAUCGCGCAGGCGGCGGCGGCUGCCCAGGCUCAGGCCGAGGCCGAGGCGGCGCUCGAAGAGGAGGGAGAGGACGAGGACGAGGAAGGGGACGGGGACGAGGUGGGCACCACUUAGCCUGUGUCUUGGACGGUUUCGGGCGUGAAUAAUCACUCAAGACGCCUGACGGUCACCGCUAUCGUCACGGGUGACGAACCUUCAAGGGUACUCCAAGAACGGGGCUGUACCGGCGUUCUGUUGUGCCCGUAGUGGAUUGUCGUGGGACAGGCUUGGAGAUGAUGAUGUGUACGUUGGUAUUAGACGUAAGCCGGCACUUGGCACCCCUCGCGGCCGGCAACGAGAUCAUGGCGUGCUGGUAGGAUGUCUUCGUCGACCACUAAAGCGACAGAAAG